CAUCAGCCACCAUCAGCAAGAUAUCUAUGCUAGUACCAGGAGAGGACGAUACAAACUAUUAAACACACAGCAAAAAUGCCUGGUCGCACAUCGACGCGCGCAACGCGCACUUCCACUACGUCAGAAGCCCCCAAAUCGACUACCGGGACUCUCAAGUCAACACGCGCUUCCUCCGCACGACAGUCCUCGAACGCAGUCGAGAUACCUGAUGAAGGCCCUAUAACGUCACUGCGGACACGAGUAGCGCAAAUUUUCGGAGAUGCACAGAAGACUAUUGCGACGCAACGAAAGCUAGUGGUCAAUCUGAGAAAGAUACAGGAGGCUUGCUGCUUCGAGCCUCCGGAUACAGGCAAGAAACAUGGGAAGAAGUCUAUGGGAGAGGUACAAGAGCACUUUUACGAGGAAGAUUUCAACAAUGAGAUUGUAAGAUGUGCGCUCAGGAUACUUUGCGUCAAGAAAACCGAGCCGGCAGGAGAAAGACUGAUUAGGUUCUUGGCCGUGUUCUUGAAGUAUGCUUCAGAAAAGGACCAAGCAAUCUUUGCAGUAGAGACGGAGGAAGAGGAAACAAUGUUAGCAGAGACACCAAGCAGCCGCCUCAUAUCGCAGAUCAUCACUACGAUCCUCGCUUUUCUGACAGCCAAAGACAAGACGGUUCGCUUUCGAGCGACACAAACAGUCGCGCAGCUCGUAAACAACCUCACAACGUUCGACGGCCACAUUUUCGAUUUAUGCAGACUGGGCUUCUUGAAACGUCUGCGAGACAAGGAGUCUCCAGUGCGCGUGCAAGCAGUCCUUGGUCUCGGCCGCCUUGCAUCCGAAGAGGAUGACGAGCAAGAUGAGGAAGACAGCGAUGACGAUACCACAGGCGGCAUACUAGACAAGCUAGUAGAUGUCAUGAUCAACGACCCGAGCGCCGAAGUGCGACGCGCUGUUCUCGCAAAUUUACCUAUAUUGCCAUCGUCCCUACGAUACCUCCUUGAGCGAGCUCGUGAUAUGGAUCCAACGUUGCGACGAGUGGUAUACGUCAGUAUAUUGCCUUCUCUAGGAGACUUUCGGCACAUGUCGCUAGUAGAACGAGAGAAGCUCAUUCGGUGGGGGCUGCGGGAUCGCGAUGAUAAAGUGCGAAAAGCUGCUGCAACUCUGUUUCGCGAACGAUGGCUUGAGAAUUGUGCUUCAUCGCGCGAUCAGCGUCCCGAAGAAGAGAGGAAGCCGGGCAGUGUUGCUCCACCGGAUCUUGAAGCUCUGUGCGAACUCCUCGAGCGCAUUGAUGUCACCCGGUCGGGUGAAGAAGACGGCAUGGCUCACGAGGCGAUGCGCGAGUUCUGGGACGGCCGUGAAGAUUAUCGCGAGCACAUCACGUUCGACCAUGAAUUCUGGAAAAAUCUGGAUUCGCAGACUGCGUUCAUUGCGCGCACUCUAAAUGACUACUGCCACGGGACCCAAGAUGACAGAGUCCAAGGUAUGAUCGAGGACAAGAUGCCUGAAGUCACCAUGUUCGCUUUCAUUCUACAGAGGGAAUUGAACUCGUUGAUGGAGCUAGUAGACAAAGUCGCAGUCAUGGACGAGUCGGAUCCUGACGCCGAGGAAGCUCAAGAAGAUGUUGAGGAGAAGGAUUUCAUUGUUCAACAGCUUCUUCACAUCGCCCAAACACUCGACUACACGGACGAAAUGGGACGAAGGCAGAUGUACAACAUCAUGCGGGAAGCCAUUGCGAAGGCUCAACUUCCUGAGGAGUGCACGAAGCUCGCCAUUGAAGUCCUGCGCAUUGUCUGCGGCCAACGCGGCGAGUCAGACUUUUGCGCCAUAAUAGUGGAGGCUAUCGCUGAGGUUCGAGACUCUUUACUAGAUGCGGAUGUGGAUGAGUCCCAAGACAAGGGCGACGGCGACGAUGAAGAAAGCUUCCACUCCGCCCAGUCAGACGUCGUCGGAGAUGCCCCUCUGAUAAAACUAAGGAAGUCGGACAUCGCGAAGGAUCUUAGCCCGGAAGAAGAGGAAGAACAGCGUAUCCGAGAAGUCAUGGUGUACUCGAAAUGCCUUCACAUAGCCCAAUGCACAUUACAAAACGUCCAGGGUGAUCUGGAAUCGGACAACUCCUUGACGAACAUCCUCAACACACUGAUCAUACCCGCUGUCCAGGCACACGAAGCGAUGAUCCGAGAGCGAGGAGUGAUUUGUUUAGGUUUGGCUGCUCUCCUUAGCAAGGAUCUUGCACUGAGCAACCUGGAUCUCUUCUUACAUUGUUAUACAAAGGGCCAUGACGCACUCAAGGAGAUUGUCAUUCAAGUGUUAACUGAUGUUAUCAUCACGCAUCCGCAACUUCUUGCGCCUCCAGCGCUAGACCCAGAAGCCACAGAGGAGGAUGCCGAGCCGAAGCCGAAUCCGCUCAUCAAGCCACUCACUAAGGUCUUAUUAAAGGCAUUCGGCUUAGACAACCGGCGAAUAAGCCUCAUUGCUUGCACCGCUGCAUCCAAACUGUUGUUGCUAGGCAUCUUACCACCGGCUCCAACGGCGGACAUAUUGAAAGCAUUUACGCUGACGUACUUCGAUCCUGAGGCCGCCUUGAACCCCGCGCUGAGACAAGCACUGAGUUACUUCCUCCCCGUAUACUGCCACUCGAAACUCAAAAACGCAGAGCUCAUGGCUCAGAUCGCUGUCCCGAUCAUAUCGAAAUUACUCCUCAUGCGCGAUGAACUUGUCGAUGAUGAGGAGAUCAAUGAGAUGGUGGGCUGGCCUGUCAUCACCGCCCAUCUCUCUGAAUGGACAGAUGGGCGGAAAGUCGUCGGGACUACCGAGCUGGGGCUUGACGGGAAAACGAGUACUUCUGCGGAGGCAGAACAACCGCAUAUCCAUCUUGCAAAUGAAGUCUUGGAGCGUGCUUUGACAAGUACAUGCUCGAAAGAUGAAAGGAAACCGUUACUGUCGUUGCUGGGUAAAUUGUACAUUGCUCCGACAUCUACGAGGCGGAAGGGCGAGGAGUUUGUUGUGGAUGAAGAGAGUUUGCGUACGCUGCAUGGCCUUGUUUCGGAGGCUGUAGAAGGCAGGAUUGGGGUGGAUGCCACACAGCGAAACGCCCUAUCUAAACUGGAGAUUAGUCUUACCAAGCGCUUGGGCGAGGUGGAACUUGUCACACAGGUGCAGGAUCAGACUCCCGUUUCGGCCGAAACCACUGUUGCGGACGGAAAUGAGGGCGAGACCGAAGCAGACAAUGAUACGACUGAGGUUUCCAAGACGCAGGCUCAAGCGCAAAGCGGUGUCGAUGAGACUCAGGCAGAUGUGGACGGAUCUGAGAUUGAUGAAGAUGAGGAUGAUACGAUGCUAGCGGGGCUGCAAGGCGAAGGCACACGCAUGCCCCUUGAAGAAGAAGACGAGGAGGUAGAGGAUGAAGUAAACGAUGAUGAUACGACAAUGACUAUUGGAAGAGGGAAGACAGCGGUCACGGAAGAUGAUAUCAUGGAGAGUCUCUUAAGAGACGAUGACUCUUCAUAAUUUACUGCAAAGGGAAACUGUAUAUGUUUGGGCUGGGCUGAUGUCGGCGUUCUUCGGUUACUUGGUUGUUGGUUCAGGGCGGGACGUAUUGUGUCUGGCGGAAUGGGGGUGUAUGCAAUGAAGUUCAUGCGAAUGAUAUUCCUCUUUCAAUGCAGCCACACAAACACGCCUGAGACAAUGUUGAUCUAUACUCAAAUUCCUUCGAAUAAGCCUAGUUCACGAACCGUAACUGUAGUUUCGCCCCAUGAGAGGGUUGUAUAACGAGAUUGAGGCGUUCAUGGGCUGAAAACUUUGGUGAAUCGGAGAGGUAAGAUUAUGUGGUUGACCCACGAAAGGGGAACAUGUUCCCAUUCCCUGGCGUACAGUGACACAGACCCAGCGGUCUAGGACGCUUGUACCUGGCACAUGACACCCUCAUUCUUCAGCUCAGCCCUGAAGGAAAUCAGGACCUGCUUCACAG